AUGGCCGCUAAUACCAAAUACACCCCGGCGCCUACCCAGGAUCCCGACGCGGCAACCUGGUCGCAGGCUCCCCCGUCGUACCAGGACUCUGGAUCGAACAACGCAUCGGCCGCGCUCUUCGGCGAUGCCCCGCGUAGCAGCGAGGACAACAUCCCCGAUGACUUCAAGUUCGGCGGGUCUGUCGCAGAGGCGACGAUCGAUAUUCGCAACCAGUUCAUUCGCAAAGUGUACACCAUCCUCACGGUACAGUUGCUCACCACGGCCGUCGUCAGCGGCUUUAGUUUUUGGAGCGAUGGCUACAAGACUUGGAUCCAGUCGCACCCAGGUCUCGUCUGGGCCUCGCUUUUCGGCUCCAUGGUUUUCAUGGCUCUGACCUAUUGGAAACGCAAGUCCUACCCGACGAACCUACUAUUUCUCUCCGGAUUCACCCUGCUCGAAGCCUACACCAUCUCAGUUAUCGUAUCCUUCUACAAGACACAGAUCGUGCUUAACGCUGUCAUCCUGACUGGAGGCAUAUUCGUCUUCCUGACGCUGUUUGCCUGCCAGACCAAGUACGACUUCACUUCCUGGAUGCCGUACCUGUUCGGUGCGCUCUGGGGUCUCCUGCUCUUCGGCUUCAUGAUGAUGUUCCUUCCCAGUAGCAGCACCGGUGAGCUCAUCUAUGGCGGACUGGCCGCUUUAAUUUUCUCAGGUUAUAUCUUGGUCGACACCCAACUCGUCCUCCGCAAGCACCACGUCGAGGAGGAGAUUGCUGCCGCGAUCAGCUUAUACCUGGACAUCAUCAACUUAUUUUUGGCCAUUCUACGCAUCCUAAACAGCCAGAGUAACAACUAG